CCGCCAUGAGGCUGCUGCUCUGGCUGGCCGUGCAGCUGGGCGCGGGCUCCGCGGCCUACGUGGUGUAUCUGGAUGCCGGGCGAGCCGAGCGGCCCCUGCAGCACUUUUGGAGGAGCACUGGCUUCUGCCCUCCUUUACCUCACAGUCGUGCUGACCUGUUUGACCUGAGCAAAGACCAAGAGAUGAACCUUGCCUACAUUUCUUCUGUUCCACAUAGCGGCAUUGAACAAGUUCGAAUCCACUGGUUACUAGAAUUAGUUGCUCUCAGAGUGGUGAAUGGAAGUCUUCACUACAAUUUUACUGCCUUGGAUAACCUUUUGGAUCACCUGUGGGUAUAUAAGCUAAUUCCAGGAUUUGAACUGAUGGGAAAUCCAUCAGGAUAUUUUUCAGAUUUUGAAGAUAAAGAACAAGUAGUUGGAUGGAGAAACUUAGUUAUGCUUCUGGCCAGCAGAUACAUAGAUAGGUAUGGAUUGGAGCAUGUUGCUAAAUGGAAUUUUGAAACGUGGAAUGAACCAGACCACCAUGACUUUGACAAUGUGUCUAUGACAGUGAAAGGGUUUCUCAACUACUAUGAUGCUUGCUCAGAAGGAUUAAGAGCAGUCAGUCCUCUACUAAAAUUUGGAGGUCCUGGGGAUUCCUUCCACCCCUUACCCAAGUCACCCAUAUGCUGGAGUCUUCUGCAUCACUGCUACAAUGGAACCAACUUCUUCACAGGGGAGACUGGUGUAAGGCUGGACUACAUCUCUCUCCAUAAGAAGGGAGGUGGGAGUUCUCUCUACAUCCUGCAACAAGAAAUAGAAGCAGUUGAACAAAUUCAGAAGCUGUUUCCAAAUUUUGCUUCAGUUGCCAUAUACAAUGAUGAAGCAGAUCCAAUGGUUGGAUGGUCCAUUCCACAACUGUGGCGAGCUGAUGUAACCUACGCAGCAAUGGUUGUAAAGGUAAUCGUCCAGCAUCAAAACUUGCUCAUUUCCAAAGCUAACAAUACAAUCAACUACACACUACUGAGUAAUGACAACGCUUUCUUGAGCUACUACCCCCAUUACUUCACACAGCGGACUCUGACAGCACGUUUUCAGAUGAACAAUACAAAGCCACCUCAUGUCCAGAUGGUGCGGAAACCAGUGCUGACUGUCAUGGGCUUGCUGGCACUGCUAGGUGAAAAGCAGAUUUAUGCUGAAGUAUACAGCAGCGAAGGUGAAAGCACUCAGAAUGGCACAAUUGGUGUCCUGGCAUCUGUGCACAUCCCAAGUGAGAUGCAACCCUCAGAUUGUUGGCAGGCUACUCUACUGAUGUAUUUGAGUGAGGAUAACAGGACUUCAUCCAACAUCAGCAUUGUCACAGUGAACACCACCCACUUCCCCAGACUUAAAGAGAUGGUGUAUGUGACAUACUACCUGGAUAACAACCAAACCAAUCCCUACCUGAAAUGGAAAAAGCUAGGAAGCCCUGACUUUCCUUCGCCAGAACAGUUCCAGCAAAUAAGGGAUGCUGAGGGUCCAGUGGCAACAGACCCAUGCCCAUUUCCUGAAGGUGGCAUCCUGACACUGAAGCAAGACUUUCCUGUUCCCUCAGUUUUUCUUAUCCACGUAUGUGCAAGACCCAGAUCUGUUCCUGAUCAAGUGACUGGUGUUCGUUUGAUCCCUCUCACAAAGGGGCAGGUGAUGGUGCUGUGGGACGACGGCUGUGUAAAUUCAAAAUGUAUAAAGACAUUUGAAGUGGAAUUCUCACUAGAUGGAAAAGCAUACCAGCGGAUUAAUGGCAAAGACACAAUAUUCACUCUCUGGAUCUACAGUCCGGGAAGCUCGGUCUCCGGCUUUUACAGAGUGCGUGCCAUUGACUACUGGGGGAAGGCAGGCCUGUCCUCUCUUCCUGUGGAGUAUGUUGAAGUUUUCAAGUGACUCUGAAGAGUGGUGCCUGACAUGGUGACUGAGUGGUGUAUGUUACCAGCAAAUGACAACUCCCCAGAAAAAUAAACUCCUCCCAGGCUGAGGAGGGAGUAUCAAAAGGACCUGAUGAAGCAAGUUAGGAAUGCAAGUUAGAAGCAGCUUCCCCUAUUAACUCUUCAAAGCUCAAAAGACAGUAUUAUCGAAGAGCUCAAAAGACAGUGUUACCAAACAGCCACAACUGACAACCCAACUGGUACAAUUGUAAAAGGCUGCCAUAGGACUGGAAUUCAGCUUGGCAACUAGGAGUUAUGGGAAUA